AUGGCUAUCGGAAUUGGUGGGGAUGAGAUUAGGAAGCGACAGAGCUCAAGUUCCGAACCACGGCCGCCGAGAGGCACGACAUCGACCUCUCCCACCUCGACCACAAGUGGCUCGUCAAGCUCGUCGUGGAAUCAUACUUGGUUUCUUUGGAGGAAGACAAAGUCGAAGAACAAACCAAAGAGGUGGUUGUACCAGAACAAAAGGUCAAAACAAGGUUUUGAUUUGAAGGAGGCAAGUGAUGGUGGUAAGGGUCGAGUCAUUUGCAAGGAACAUCAGCACUCGAUCGAUGAGACCUCCGAGUGGAGGACCUUUGCCAAUGACGGUAGUGGUGUUCGAUCAUUCUGCCGGCGACACAGUGUGCUCGGAGUGCAUUCAUCAACAUCAUCAACAUCUCCAAUCCAUCAUCAACGUCAUCAACAUCUCCAAUCCUCUGCAUCAAUUCCCAUCUUAGAUCUGUCCAGGAACAUCAACACUCGAUCGAUGAAACCUCCAAGUGGAGGACCUUUGCCAAUGACGGUAGUGGUGUUCGAUCAUUCUGCCGGCAACACAGUGUGCUCGGAGUGCAGUCUGAUGUUAGAAUCACACUCGAUCGAUGAGACCUCUGAGUGGAGGACCUUUGCCCCUGACAGUGGUGGUGUUCGAUCAUUCUACCGGAGACACAGUGUGCUCGGAGUACGACUUGUCACUGACAAAGGCCUCUUCACCGUCUUUUCGAAGCCUAAUGGCGUCACCACCAAUAGUUCUGGGUGUGUUUCAGCGUUGAGGAAGAGGAGGAGAGAGAGAGAGAUUAGGGUUGUGAUGGCUGCCAUUGUUGGCAAGAUUGAGAGACCUGCAAAAUGAAAUCAAUAGGGGUAAAAAUGUAAAAUCCGUAUAUAAUAUACCAAAAACAUAUAUCAUAUCAAAAAUAAAAAGGACUAAAUGGUUUAAGAAAAAACACUCAUGACUAACUAGAGCAACAUUUACCAAAAUGGGAUUUAUGAGUAAUUUUUUCAAAAAAUUAUAAAAAAAAUCUUUUAAAAA